UUCACUCCCUUCCUGCUGCAUCACAACAGCCGCUAGCAGCUCGAGUAGCACCAGUGACUGGGGGUUAUAGAGGAUAUACACCCGCUAAUUCAUUGUCAAAACAACACCGCAGACCUUGCAGCACCCAACAAAAUCCUGACACGGGGGAGACCGACAGGAACUGGUUGCACUGCGCUAACCCCGCUCCAGCUGUUGGGAUAUGGCCAGGCCGGAACAGGUUCUGCUCUUAGAGCCUCAACACGAACUGAAAUUCAGAGGUCCGUUCUCAGACGUGGUCACCACAACCCUCAAGCUCUCCAACCCUACAGACAGGAAUGUAUGCUUCAAGGUGAAGACCACAGCACCACGCCGCUACUGUGUGCGACCAAACAGUGGAAUUAUCGAUGCAGGCACUUCAAUCAAUGUCUCCGUAAUGCUGCAGCCAUUUGAUUAUGACCCGAAUGAAAAGAGUAAACACAAGUUCAUGGUCCAGUCCAUGCUAGCGCCUCCUGACAUGACUGAUAUGGAGGGAGUGUGGAAGGAAGCAAAGCCAGAAGAGCUCAUGGACUCGAAGCUGAGGUGUGUUUUUGAGAUGCCAUUGGAUAAUGAAAAGAUGCAUGACAUGGAGUCCAGCAAGAUGAUGUCGUCCAGCUUGCUGAAGUCAGAUUCCUCUGCCCUGCCUGUGAAGUCACUGAGCUCCACCCUGGAUGACGGGGAGGUGAAGAAGAUCAUGGAGGAGUGUAAGAGACUGCAGAUGGAGGCCCAGAGGCUACGGGAAGAAAACAAACAGAUUAGGGAGGACGAUGGUCUGCGGAUGAGGAAGAGUAACAUGAUGUCGUCUCAGCACUCCUCAAUGGGCAUGAAGAAGGAGGAAGGGUUGAGCGUCCGCACGGUGGCCCUCAUUAUGCUUUUCUUAGUGGUGGGCGUCAUCGUGGGCAAGUUGGUCUUGUAGAGUGCAGAGCAGUUUGGUUGGCAGCAGCAUGCUUUUGGGGGAUGAAAGCAACACAAGGGAUUUGGCGUUAUGGUUCAGCAAAUGCCACAUUUGCUGGGUGGGGGGGUGGUUCCAUGUUUUGAUUCUGUCAGAUUUAUGUAAAAUAAAUAAAUCAAAAAGGUAAUGUAUGAGAAAAGUUAAAAAAAAGAAAAGAAAGAUCUUAUGAACAAACCUACUGUUACAGGUCUUGCCUCACGUAAUCAUCACAUAAUCAUUCUGGCUUUUCUUCCAAAGUUUCAUGUAUACAGAUGACUGGUUCUGUGGGUGAGGGUAAUGGAAACAUGAUUUAAUGCUUGUGAUUCAGUCAAAUGGAUUUUUUUAAACACUGGCGAGGUAGUGUUGGUGUGUGAGUCAGAUUGCAAUUGUGCGAAUGUCAUUUUAGUGUAUUAUUGUUUCUUUGUCUAACUGACAGAGGCCAGAGCUUACGUAUAUGUAUAUACGUAAUCCCCCACAUACUAUACACUCUGUACAGUAUAUCCAGGUGUUCCUUCCAGCUAAACCCCCUUUAAGGAAGGGAUUUACCAGAGAGAUGAUCCACACUGUCGGGGUUUCACACAGGGCUAUCAAACUGACUCCUCCAAUCAGAAGCUUUGUAAAAUCAUCUCCUCUUUGAUUGUGGAAGCUUGAACAGUGUAUGAAACACUAUGCCACUGGUAUUUUCUGUCUUCAUGUCCUCCUUAUUUUAGGUCUACCGUAUUUUCCGGACUAUAAGUCACGCUUUUUUAGUAGUUUGGCUGGCCAUUUAUUUAGAAGCGAAUAUACGCUAUGUCAUCUGUGACCACAAGGGGCACCGUCCACACUUGUGACAAUUGAACGCUGCUACUGCACCACCGAAAAAGCUAUACUGCAGAAUUUAAACCAUAAAUUAGAAAGUAUGCAGCCGAAAACGGUAAUCGAGCAGCAGAAAGAAAGUUUGGAGUGAGUGAAAAACUCGAAACCUCUAUAAACUUCUAUGAAAAUAAAUAUCAAAGAAGGCUAAUGGCGGGCUGAAAGCGCAGUGGCCAGAGAUGGAGGAACGAGUCCACAAAUGGGCUCUUGAACAGCGUGCUGCUGGAGGGGGCUUAUCAACGGUGCAGUUGCGUCUCCAUGCGCAUGUUGUUGCCAAGGAGAUGGAAAAAUGAUUUUGCUGCCGGGCCUUCAUGGUGCUAUCACCUCAUGCAACGCAACCACCUGUCAAUCAGAGCACGGGCCACGCUGUGUCGAAACUGCCACCAAUGGUUAUUUUCAAAUGGAAUGGAUGUUUGUUGCGACCUCAAACAAGAAAGGGUGGAUGGAUGAAGAAAUGAUGAGCUUUUGGCAAACAAAGUGCUAUUCUAAACGUCCUGAUGCCUUUAAAAAAAAAAACGCAAAGCCCUGCUUGUGAUGGACAGUAUGGAGCACAUCAAAUCAAAGCCUCUACUUCAUCUUCCUCCAGAGUCAGCGGAAUUGUUUAGAAGCAACACCAAGGAUGAAGAAUUCAACGUGAUGCAGAAUAAGAUCGGGAACUUAAUUAACUUGUUCACCUGUUGCGUUAAUAAGUUUAGCCUAUGUUCUUCAGGCUAACUGAAUAGUCAGUUUAAAUGUUCAAUUUUGGAUUAUGAAAUAAAUGCGACUUAAAUAGGUUUUUAUCAUGAUGUAUUUUGUGACAGAUACUCCGGAAAAUGCGGUACCUUAUUCCUGUCACGUUUUCCAGUCCAAGACUAAGAGGGAGGUAUAUACUGUAUAUGAACAUAUUUAGGGUUAGGGUUCAUACCCAAUCACAUGGAAAGCAUGUAUACAUAUAUAUUAUAAGAAACCACAAGUGGACAUUAGGUGCAUGUUGAGGUGAAUGUUUUUUGUUUUAUUUCUGACAACACCAAGGUCCUGUCACUGUGGGCUAACAAAAAAAAACACGGUCUUUCCCACAUCUUAUUUGUUUUGUCAUAUUUUCCUACAGAGCCAUACAUUUGUUGACGUCUUGUUCUUUUUGGGCAAAAUGUAUGUCAAAAGAGUGUUUAAAGCUGGCUGUUGCAGUUCUCCACUGUGGAUAUUGAUAUGCUCUCUUUUUCACUCCACUGCAGGCCUUUUGUUGGUGUUGGUUCAGCAUGUUUCCAUUCAUUAAUAUUAUAUUCUCACUGCAUUUGAAAUUGUGUUAAUUUUCACAGUACUAAAAGGUUAAAAGUCUUUUCCUUAAAUCUUCCAGCAAUUUGCAAUUCAAGAUAUAUAUAUUUCCCCCCCCCUUGAGAGGAACAUGCAUACAGCCUAGUUACAUAUAUAUAUGUAUAUAUAUAUAUACAUACACAUACAUAUGUAUAUAUAUAUAUAUCCUUAGAGGGAUCACAUGAUGACAUUGUACUGUUCCAGAGCUAAUGAUUAUUUUUGUGUCAAAAAUAAAUAAGAGAAAAGUUGACUAAAUUUGUUUCAUCUCCACAUUUUCAGGAAGUAGAGGACAGUGUGAUUAUUUUACAUUGUUUGACAGCCUAAUUGUUUUUUUCAAGUGUAUAAAAAAGGUAAAUAAGCAUCAGUAAAUGCCCCUUUUCUAAAUGAUUACACAUUUUUCACCAUCUUUUCAUGUUAUGCGGUGCAGAAGAUAAUAGAUCUGGUGGGUAAGAGAUUAAAAUAAAAUGAGUGUGUGUUUCUACUGUAUCUGUGUAAAUUUGUUGAGUUUGACUUGCUUCGAGGGGAGGGCACAGCAGACCUGAGCUUCAGUCCCAUCAUGAGUUAUCAAUGCUAGGCCACACAGUAACUUACACAAAAUUAUUCUGUUCAGUUGAUCCUGGUUGGAGUGUCAGAGCAUCUAGUACAAGGAAAAUACUUCCAAAUGCCAGAUAAUACUGCAUGAAAUUUAAGACUUUACUACUGUAAACCUCAUCAGUUUUGUUACUCCACGUAGGAUGACGCAAACAAUGAUAAUUCUGUGUAAACGCUAAUGAAUGCAGGCCCUUCUGUACACACUACACUGACUUGUUGUGGAGUCUCUGACCAUCACCAUGAACAAUGUAAGCAGUCGGAAAAAAUGUUUUGUAUGUAUAUAAAUAAAUAACUAUCUGAGAAGAUAAAUAAUAUUCCUAGUCAAGUAGUCUCUCUGGUGUAUAAAGAUCACCCAACCUGGUUGGACUAUGUAGCAUCUUAAUAAAUUAAAUGAAUAAAGCCCAUCA